AUCAUCAGCCCCAAGCAGUUUUGCACUAUUGAAAUUUUGCUAACCAUGACAACUACUAUUAUUAUUUGCAUUCAAAUAUCCACACAAGUACAGACACCUAAGUUUCGCUUGUCAAUAUUUUCGUUUACGCAAAUUCUCUUCACAAUAAUAAGUAUUUUAAAUGUAGUUGAAAUACUAUAGUCAUCAAAUUAUCUGGAUUCGAGAAGCCAAAAUUUGGUAUCAACAUCAGGAAUCUCCGAGAAGGAGUGGGGCAGCUAGCUAAUCGAGGGAUGAAUGCUCGGCUGAUCCUGAAGCAGCUCCCCAACCACUUGAUCUUUCGCAUCCUGCACUAUUCCCUGAUCUCCCAGCAGCUGCGGGAAGAACUGGUGGUUUCUGCAGGAUCCUUCAGAUUAAAACGGGGUGGAAACAAGCUGCUGGAGUGGCAGCCCUUCGUCCUGUGGCUUGUCAACCUGCUGCUGAACUACGCUGGCGAUAUCCUGGGCAACCUGCUCUUGGGUAGUCUCCCAUUGGAACCACUGUGUAAUACCGCAGAUAUUCUGCUAAGUUCGUUGAUCUGUAGGUACUGCAUCUUUUACUGUCCCUUUGACCUGGGCCACGCCGUGACCAGCACCUUGACCUUCCGCAUCCUGGCCACCGCCAUGUCCACUAUUAGCCAGGUUCAGCUGAUCGAUCGAGGAGUCCAUUUGGCGGGACAGGUUUACGGAAAUGCUCCAAUUCCGAUGCUAGUGGUGGGCACAGUAAUGGGCAGUGGGGCCGAGGUACUGAAACCGGUGGCGAGUCUUUUAAUCAAUAGAUGCCAACACAACCAGAUGGCCAUCCUGAAGUUGAGCAACAAUUCAAAACUUGCACUUUUCCUCUCGCUCCUCUUCAUGUUGGAAAUCUAUAAAAAUCCCGUAAUUAUGGGCUUCACCAGACAUCAGCUGAUGGUCCACAUAAUCGUGAUGACCACCGCCUUUAAGUUCCUGUCGCUGUGCUAUCGAACGGAUCAUUUCAUUUGGCUAUUGGAGCACCAGAUACGAUACACUCUCUUCGGUGGCUUCUCGAGGGAUUUAAGCAAGUUCUUCGAACGCCUGCCGGAGCCUAAAGUCCGGCGAACGUGGGCGUUUGCGGAAUUCGAUUGAAACCCUCGUGUGCAUUGCGUAAUCGUAUCAAACCACUUGCUCUCCACAUCCCCUCCAGAUUGGGUGGUGUGGGUGUGGGGGUUGCAGGUCUAAGCGGCUUAAGUUACCGCCGUCCACCCGUCCAGCCAAGCGAUUGGAUCACUGCAGCAGAUGUCUCGCUUGAUCGGGUUACGUAUGCUAAUCAGCUUAGAAGCGGCCACUGCUGGACAGAGGAGCGAUGGAGCAGCGGGGGAAGUGCUCGGUUACAGCCACAGGUUAGUGGAUGCUCCAGUGUGCUCAACCAGCUGUACCGUGGCAUACAUUUGCCUGAGUAUAAAUUCAUGCAUUUCAAUACAAACUAG